GCGGCCGGGCCCCGUGGGGAGCUUCAGCGUCCCGGAGAUCCGGAGGAAAACUUCAGCGUCCGCGGCGAACCCUAGCCCGGUCCCUCUUUCCCAGCUUGCCACGGUGCCUGCUUUGUCGCGGCUACACGGAGGGGCAGCAUCCGGAAUGCGAAUUCCCGAUCCGGUAUUUGGAAGAGCCCAAAAACUCCCGGCCGGGCGCGCAUCCUAGCGGAGCUGCUGGCGCUGGAAUGCAGGACGUGCCUCCUUUCCACGCUGCAACAACCGCCGGCUGGAGAGCGCUGAACCGCUUGCUUGAGGCUUCGCUCCCAGAGGCCCGCCGGGAUUUCGUUCUCGCCCGCCGAGCUGGACUGGGGAGCAAACUUGCGUUUGAACUCUCUGUGCCUCGUCCCGCGCCAUGGGACAUGCACUGUGGGUCCUGCUGCUGACUUCAGCCGUCUCACUCCUCGGUGGCCUGUUAUUUGGCUAUGAGCUCGGAAUCAUCUCUGGGGCCUUGUUACAACUGCAGGUGGAUUUUCGCCUUGGCUGUUUUGAGCAGGAAGUACUUGUGAGUUCCUUGCUCAUUGGAGCUCUCCUGGCCUCUUUGGUCGGGGGGAUCAUCAUUGACCGACAGGGAAGGCAGAAUGCAAUCUUGAUCAGCAAUGCAGUUUUGCUGUGUGGCAGCCUCAUCCUGACACUGGCCGGGUCACUGGUUUGGCUGGUAUGUGGGCGCAUGACUGUAGGUUUUGCAAUCUCAUUGUCAUCUAUGGCAUGCUGUAUCUAUGUCUCUGAAAUGGUGGCCGCCCAUCAACGAGGACUGCUGGUUUCCCUUUAUGAAGUUGGCAUCACUGUGGGCAUCUUGCUUUCAUAUGCUCUGAAUUACAUCUUUGCAGGCACCUCUGAGGGCUGGCGGUACAUGUUUGGUCUGGCUGUAGGCCCAACAGUCAUUCAGUUUCUCAGCAUCCUGUUUCUCCCAAAGCACUCGACUUUACACUACAGCGAGACUCGCAGAAGCCUCAUUAGGCUCCCAAAGAAUGGAGAUGGUGAAGAAGCAAUGCCCCCGGGGCCUAAGGAGAAGCAUUAUUCUUUCUUGGACCUUUUCAGGGCAAAGGACAACAUGAGAAGCAGGACUCUGGUUGGCCUUGGACUGGUGCUCUUCCAGCAGUUCACAGGCCAGCCCAACAUCCUUUGCUACGCUUCCACGAUCUUCCGCUCUGUGGGCUUUCAGAGUGAUUCCUCCGCCAUCCUGGCCUCUGUUGGUCUAGGAGUGAUGAAGGUCCUUGCAACUCUCCUUGCAAUGGUGUUGGCAGACAAGGCUGGCAGGAGGGUGCUGUUGAUGGCUGGGUGUAUGGCGAUGGCCUUUUCCGUUACCGCUAUUGGCCUGACCAGCUGCUCCAUUCCAUUAGAGAUGGCUAAAGACUGCGAAACAUUCAGCGGGUCAAGCAACACUUCGCUCAGCUCGGCUCAUCUUCCCAUAAACUCUGUCUCCCUGCAGCCAGCUGCAUCCAUCUUUCCAGUGGCAUCUGGUGCUAGUGAAAUUCACGUAAACAUUACUUUUGCCAUCACAAGGCCAGCAACCAUUGCCAAGACUCUUGCUAGUAAUAAAAAUGGAGAGAGAGACACUCCUUCACACACUGAGCAAACCUAUUUUCUCAAUCAGUCAGUAGAGCGAAAGCAGCUAAACAUCAAUUCAUCUAUUGGUGAGGCUCCUUCCAUGGAACAUAUGCUCCUAAAUUGGAUUACAUUGCUAAGCUUGAUGGCUUUUGUGAGUGCAUUCUCGAUUGGAUUUGGGCCAAUGACCUGGCUUGUCCUCAGUGAGAUCUACCCAGUCAACAUACGAGGAAGAGCCUUUGCCUUCUGCAACAGUUUCAACUGGGCUGCCAAUCUGCUGGUCAGCCUCACAUUCCUUGACCUUAUUGAUGCCAUAGGCAUAUCAUGGACAUUCCUUCUCUAUGGACUGGUGGGAGUGGUGGCCCUUCUCUUUAUUUAUCUUUUAGUACCAGAAACCAAAGGACAAUCUCUGGAAGAGAUCGAUGAGCAGUUCUCAAAGAAGCGGUUGCUACAAAGAAAUACGUUAUGGGAGAAGUUAUGGAAUGGAAGACAAAUUCACGUGCGUGCUCAAUACCAAAGAGUGGGUCAUUCUAAUGCCUCCUGAGAGGGCUGUGAUUGUUGCCACUCGAGAAGAGGCAGAAUUGUUCAAGCAUCAGGAUGUUUCCUUCUACAGCGUUGGAACUGCUCAAUAGCUUUUCCAAAGGAGGAGUCAUCUCCCAUUCUAUGAAAGCCUGAAGAUCACAUGGUGACAGCUCAGGUGUCUUCCCUUAUGUUUGUUCUCUUAUGCAUAGAAUGUAGCAUCCCUGUCUCUAGGAAAGAUGCCUCUUGUAUGCCAUGAUAUCCUGUCACUUAAGAGGAGCCAUAGCUGAGGCUCCUUGAAGGGUUCACAAAGCACAUUUUUAAAAAAGCAUUUGGUAAAUAAAGCAUAAAUUAUGACAACA